AUGGCAUUCACCGAAGCAUACGGUCCGAGCCUACCAACAUUUGCAGAUUUAAAAAAUCACCUGCGCGAGGAACCACUUCAUCUGCAGGUGUUGGAGAAGUACUUGCGAAACACGGCUAAUCUGAUUGAAGAACUGAGAGCAAAGUUGGACAGUAGAGAGCGUGAAGCUCCUAACGUUGAAGAAGUCGAGGUUCCGAGAGCAGACCUGCGACGCCGGCCAACUCCGCCAUCAUCUCGCGAACAAGUAGAAGCGUUCCAUCAAUUUCUGGAGGAACAACGCGAUCUGGAACGGGAAGUGUUGGAGAAGUACUUGCGAAACACGGCUAAUCUGAUUGAAGAACUGAGAGCAAAGUUGGACAGUAGAGAGCGUGAAGCUCCUAACGUUGAAGAAGUCGAGGUUCCGAGAGCAGACCUGCGACGCCGGCCAACUCCGCCAUCAUCUCGCGAACAAGUAGAAGCGUUCCAUCAAUUUCUGGAGGAACAACGCGAUCUGGAACGGGAAGUAGGAAAUCGAAACCAGUUCGCGCUCCACCUCCUUGAACAACAACAGCAACAACAAGCGGAGUUGCACCAAUAUUUAGAGGAGGAAGAACCAGUACCGGCACUGGUUGACACUCCGGUCAGCUGGGAGGAGGUGGAGGAGAUGGAGGAGAUGGCGGAGUUACGGCAGAUACCGUACGAUGAAAAUGAAGCAGAUUUUAACGGGACACCAGGAGCGUCGGCAGGAAGUUCAGAACGCGACGAAGUUGAAAGCAUCCGCGAAAUAGUACUACGUUCUCGGACAAUACGAAUUCCAAUUGUGGAAGAACGACCAGUAGCCCCGGAAGCUUUCCACGCGCCGGAAGUGGAGGGAUUACCGGCACAAUAUCAACAGCUGCUGGUGACACCACCAAUUGACCCGUACAUUGUGAUUCGAAAUGCUGACGGGUCAACCACAAUUGGUAAAUUUAAUUGUAUUUUAUUAGUGGAUGGGAAA